UUUAGUUAAGAGAACUACAGAGCACAAACAACUACGGCGAUAGCGAUAAACAGUACAUGUUGCGUUGUACAUGUACCACCGAUCGUCUUGCACUGUUCAGUGUUCAAGUUGAAAUCAAACUGCGUCGUCACGUGAUCUACAAUGUCGGUGAUACGAGAGAUAGCCGAAGUUGAGCAGAAAGUAAAGUCAUGCCAAAAUCGAAUUCAAGAAAUAGACAAAAAACUACGCACACAGGAGAUUGCGGAGGAAAACAAGAAGAGAUUCGAAGAGGAACGCAGUAAACUUCAAGAGACAGAACAGCUACAAGAGAGAAGACUCGCGACGCUACGAGCGGAAAACCGAAAGACAAUGUUGGUAGCUGUCGCGGUUGCCGUCCUCGCUUAUCUCGUUUUCUCCUUCGUUUGGCAAGUGUCGGAGAGCGCCUAGCACUUUGUUUACAAAUUUCU